GCUUUCCUAGCCGGUGUCUCGCGGGGGCGCGCGCGCGGGCACGGGCUCGCUCCCCAGGGGGCAGUUGGCAGCGGGAGCGGGCGGCGGGGUCGUGGUUCCUAGAGCAGCUCCGGCUGCUAGGCCGGCGCCUGCGUUGGUGGACACUCACAGGAAGGACCGGGUGGCUCACCCGCGGGAGAGGCAGGGCCCGCUGCGGUCGGUCGGAGGCCCUGAACUCCCACAUUCUGGCCUAGGAGGAGGAGGAGGAGGAGGAGGAAGCGAGACCCAUCUGCCAGAGGGGCUGAAGGUGGCCUUGAGGGCCAUGCUCUUGGUCCCAGGAUGCCCUUGCCUGAGCCCAGUGAGCAGGAUUGCGAGAGCGUCAGAGCUGGCCAGGAGCCAUCUCUUGGAGCUAAGAAGCCUCAAGAGUCCUCCAAUCUGGUCCCAGCCAGGGAUAAAGAGAAACCCAAGUCGACAGAUGUCACGUCCCAGGAGACAUCUGGCACUGCCACCCUACCUAACAGUACCCUCCAGGUCGUGCCAGUGAAGCAGGGACGGCUAAUUCACCGGAAACGUAGUAGGGUAGAUGCAGUUCCCCCUCAGCCCCUGGAGUUCCUGAAGACCCCAUUUGGGGCCCGCCUUCUGGUGCACAAGUCAUUCCUGUACAAGCAAGAGAAGGUUGUGGGGGACAAGGUGUACUGGAAAUGCCGCCAGCACUCAGAGCUAAGCUGCCGGGGACGGGCCAUCACCCGUGGCUUUCGAGUCACAGAGAUGCGGGACCAUUGUCACUCACCUGAGAAAGAGAGCCUGGAGAGGAAAAGGCACAGGAAGGAGAAGCCUACCAGCUCAGACCUGCCUGAGGGCUCUAAAGGCCAAGAAGAUGGCGGGAGCCUAUGGCUGUACCCGACGGAGCCAGAGCCCACCCCUCAACCAGUCCCUGAAACCCCAGAGGAGGAGCAGGGAUACCGAUCCCUGGCACUGCAGAGCCUGCCUCCCAAGAAACGCCCCACACCAGGAGUGGUACGGUACCGGCCUCUGGAGUUCCUGAAGACAUGCUAUGGGGGGACCUUCCUGGUGCACCAGUCCUUUCUCUACAAGCGCGAGAAGACAGUGGGAAGCAAAGUGUACUGGACCUGCCGGGAGCAUGCUGUCCUCGGCUGCCGCAGCCGCGCCAUCACCCAGGGCCAGCGCGUGACAGUGAUGCGCAGCCACUGCCACUCGCCUGACAUGGAAGGCUUGCAGGCCCGGCGACAGCAGGAGAAGACCAUAAAGAAGAUACAGGCAAGGCGAAUUGGGGCUGGGGACUUGGAGGAUUGCGAUGACAUCGAGGACGCCCUGCUGCAAGGGGUGGACUGCCUGUUCUACCGCAGAGCGCGGGGCACGCUGACCCUUAGUAGGUCCAAGUCCAAGUCCAAGUCCAAGUCCAGGUCCAAGUCCAGGUCCAAGUCUAGGUCCAGGUCCAGAAAGCGAGCCAAGAAGCAGCAGGAGCCCCUGCAGGAGCCCCCCGAGGAGGACCAGGAUGUGGAGCCCGGAGGCCCAGAGUUCCUAAAGACCCCUCUGGGAGGCAACUUCCUGGUAUAUGAGUCCUUCCUCUACAGACGGGAGAAAGUGGCUGGGGAGAAGGUUUACUGGACCUGCCGGGACCAGGCACGCAUGAGCUGCCGCAGCCGCGCCAUCACUCAGGGCAAGCAGGUGACCGUGAUGCGAGGCCACUGUCAUCCACCUGACCUCUUAGGAUUGGAGACUCUGAGGCAACGGCAGAAACGCCCAGGCCCCGCCCAGUGGGAUGGCCCAGAAGGACCAGAGUUCCUAAAGACUCCUCUAGGGGGCAGCUUCCUGGUGUAUGAGUCCUUCCUCUACAGGCGGGAGAAAGCGACAGGUGAUAAGGUGUACUGGACAUGCCGGGACCAGGCACGCAUGGGCUGCCGCAGCCGUGCCAUCACACAGGGCCAGCGGGUGAUGAUCAUGCGCAGGCAUUGCCACCCACCGGACAUGGGUGGCCUGGAAGCCCUUCGGCAGAAGGAGAACUUCCCUAACCUGACCAACUGGGAAGGCCCAGAGCCCAAGGAGCCGCUGGAGUUUCUGCAGACACCCCUCGGAGGCCGCUUCCUGGUGUAUGAGUCCUUCCUGUACAGGAAGGAGAAGGCCGCUGGUGAGAAGGUGUACUGGAUGUGUCGAGACCAGGCUCGGCUGGGCUGCCGCAGUCGUGCCAUCACCCAGGGCCGCCGGAUUAUGGUGAUGCGGAGCCACUGCCACCCCCCUGACCUGGAUGGCCUGGAGGCCCUGCGGCAGCGGGAGAAGGCCCCUCAGGAGAAGGCCCCUCAGGAGAAGGCCCCGCAGGAGAAGGCCCCGCAGGAGAAGGCCCCACGGGAGAAGGCCACACGGGAGAAGGCCACACGGGAGAAGGCCACACGGGAGAAGGCCACACGGGAGAAGGCCACACGGGAGAAGGCCCGGCGGCGGCGGGAGAAGGCCACACGGGAGAAGGCCCCACGGGAGAAGUCCCCGCGGAAGCGGGAGAAGAGCCCCAGUGCAGCCAAGAAGAAAAAGAAGAAGAAGAAGAAGAAGAAAGGAAAAUCAAAGAGCAAAGACUGAGCAGCCAGUCCUGCUGAGGUGAGUCUUCUCUGGAGCAACAGAGGAGCAGCUGGUGUCCCAAAUGCUUCCCGUCCACGCAGGCAUAUCCUGUCAUUGAGAUGCGCUUGACACAGCUCCUUCACCUUUCCAAAGCACCCAGGACCUUCACAUUUUCUCAGAGGUCUCCCAGGAGGAGCGCUUGGACUUUGGGUGGUAACCAAGCUGGAUGGGUGGCCUGCAGGCCUGACCCAUGCUGCUCUCACCGCUCUGACCUUAGACAGCUGUGGAGAAGUGUCUGGACUGAUAGACCUCUGCCCUGCUCUGUCCAGGCCCCGGCACCAUCUGCUUUCAGAGCAUGCUGCCCUGCAGUGAGCUCUCGGGUAGGGCGUGGCCCUGAUGAGUCCCAUGAAGUCAAAGCCAGGAUCUGUGGGGAACUUCUUGCCACCCUCUGAAGGCAGUGCAAGGCACAGCGGGGCUUGGUUUUGUUUUGUGGCAUCUUGUAGGGACAGAUGUGAGGCCUGCCUGUUCUUUAGUCACUUGCUGCUUGCUAAGGCCCAUCUAGCCCUGACCGUGGCAGAGCAGGCCCGGCUGAAGCUUUGCUGUACCUUCCUGACAGACUUCGCACCCUGCGUUCUUUCCCAACUUAAACCUGUGUCCACCGUUCUUGGAGCCAGCCCAGAUGUCAGGAGGAGGUGACACCAGGUGGGCAUGCUCUAGUGGCAGUGGCAGGACAGCUGCCCCCCUGGUGUCACAUGGUACACAAGAUCAGUUAGACAGCAUUAAAGCCCGCCUCCCGCAGAAGAGUUUCCCAGAACUCAGGAGCCAUGCCAGCAGUGCACUCUAAUGUGCCCAGGAACAGCGGGAUUCCUGUGUGCUGCACCUGGCCAGAGCUCCUCACCCUGUCCUAGAGCUGCAUGCUCCUCUCCCUUAGCAAGCAAGCCAUGCAGCAGCCGCCCCUGUGGGAUAGUAAUGGCCUGGUGCCCACCACUGGCUUCUGCUCAUCUGCUUCCCUCAAUAAACCCUGUGUAGUCUCAUGGUA